AUGGAUGAGAUGUUUGAUAUUUUUGAGGGGAAUGUUGACCCCCAGAGCGCCAGUGAAGACGAAGGCGUUUCUCAACACGACAAGAACCAGGACCACAGCAAGAAGCGAAAGGCAGACCAAGUAACCAACGGAGCAUCAACUGGCGAUGUUUCCAAAGCUACUACGGAUGUCGAAAUGGACAACGCGACCGAGGAGUCCAAGGCUGACGAAGCUGGAGACGAGGACUCGGAUACUCCCAGCGAACAGGACAAGAAGCGAUUGAAAAAGACUGAGGAAGCAGAGCCUGUCAUGACAGAUACCUUCCAGACUGCCGAAUCUCGAGAGGUCGCGGGUGCCGCUACAUUUGUUCCCCAAGAUUCGUCUCUUAUUCUCUCACAUAACAUUCAGCACCAGGUUGCGCUCCCACCUGACCUGGACCACGAAUACAUUCCGCUUUCCGAACACAAGUCUCCUGCUGAGCCGGCGCGAACUUGGCCUUUCAAACUCGAUCCGUUCCAAAGCUUGUCUGUCGCUUCCAUUGAGCGAGAAGAGAGUGUUUUGGUUUCAGCGCAUACCAGUGCUGGUAAGACGGUCGUUGCAGAAUAUGCUAUUGCGCAAUGUUUGAAGCGCAACCAGAGAGUCAUCUAUACCAGUCCCAUCAAAGCACUGAGCAAUCAAAAAUACCGUGACUUUGACGCUAUUUUCGGCGACGUCGGUCUGAUGACUGGUGAUGUCACCAUCAACCCCACGGCUAGUUGUCUCGUCAUGACAACGGAGAUUUUGCGAUCCAUGUUGUACCGUGGUUCAGAGAUUAUGCGCGAAGUCGCCUGGGUGGUUUUCGACGAAGUCCAUUAUAUGCGAGACAAGACCCGAGGUGUCGUUUGGGAGGAAACCAUUAUCAUGCUUCCCGACAAGGUCCGCUACGUCUUCCUUUCGGCCACCAUUCCCAACGCCUUCCAGUUUGCCGAAUGGAUCGCCAAAAUCCACCACCAACCUUGCCACGUUGUCUAUACCGAUUUCCGUCCGACUCCUCUUCAAAACUACUUUUAUCCAUCCGGGGGUAAAGGCGCGAGACUUGUUGUUGACGAAAAGGGCAACUUCAACGAGCAAAAUUUCAACAUUGUUAUGCAGCAGGUUGAAGAAAAGCAAGGAGCUGAUCCCGCCGACCCUAACGCCAAGCAAAAGGGUAAGGGCAAGAAUAAGAAGAUUGAUAAGGGAGGUACAAAAGAAGAUUCGGACAUGUUCAAGGUUAUCAAGAUGACCAUCAAGAAGAACUUCAACCCCGUCAUUGUUUUCAACUUCAGCAAGAGAGAGUGUGAGAACAUGGCGAUGAGCAUUUCAAAAAUGGCCUUCAAUGACGAUUCUGAAGUCGCCAUGGUUGAAAAGGUGUUCAGCAGUGCCAUUGACAGUCUCUCAGAAGAGGAUCGCUCGCUGCCUCAAAUUCAUAACCUACUGCCCCUGUUGAAGAAGGGUAUCGGAAUCCAUCACGGUGGCUUGCUGCCUAUUUUGAAGGAGACUAUUGAGAUUCUCUUCCAAGAGUCGCUGAUCAAAGUUCUCUUUGCUACUGAGACCUUUUCCAUUGGCUUGAACAUGCCUGCCAAGACAGUCGUUUUCUCUCAGGUCACAAAGUGGGAUGGUAUUAAGCGCCGCCCGAUUACUUGCUCGGAAUAUAUCCAGAUGGCCGGUCGUGCUGGACGUCGUGGUCUAGAUGCACGUGGUCUUGUUAUCAUGAUGAUUGAUGACAAGCUCGAACCUGAAACAGCAAAGGAGAUUGUCACCGGUCAACAAGAUAGGCUCAACUCUGCUUUCUAUCUUGGAUACAAUAUGGUUCUCAACCUCCUUCGUAUCGAGGCUAUUUCUCCCGAGUUUAUGCUGGAGAGAUGUUUCCAUCAAUUCCAAAACGCUGCUAGCGUUCCUACUCUCGAAAAGGAGCUCAUGGCUCUGCAACAGGAACGUGAUGGGCUCACGAUACCGGAUGAGGCAACCAUUAAAGAUUAUUAUCAGAUUCGCCAGCAGCUCAACACAUACACCAAGGAUAUGCGAUCGGUUAUCCAGCUGCCUAACUACUGUCUCGACUUUUUGCAGCCUGGUCGUCUUAUCCAGAUUUAUAACCCCAAGGUCUCGGCUGACAACGUUAGUGGAGGACUCGACUUUGGUUGGGGUGUUGUUGUGAAUCACAUGCCUCGACGCAGCCCCAAAAUGGGCGAACCGGAGCAUAUUCCCCAAGAGUCGUACAUUGUUGAGGUUCUCUUGCCGCUCUCGGCAACAAGCGCUGACUUUGUACCCGGCCAAGCCGCCGAUGGUAUGCCUUCGGGCCUAGCCCCUGUGAAUGGCGAGAAGGAUAUCAUUUACGCACAGGUUCCAUGCUUGCUCACUUGUAUCAAAGCCAUCAGCCAAAUCCGACUUUUCAUCCCCAAGAACGGUCUGCAGAACGAUCAGGACAAGGAGACUGUCAACAAGUCGCUUGCCGAAGUUAAGCGUCGCUUCCCCGAUGGCUUGCCUAUUCUGGAUCCCCUCGAGAACAUGGAUAUCACUGAUGAUUCCUUUAAGAAGCUCCUUCGCAAGAUUGAGGUUCUCGAGUCGCGCCUUUUAGCCAACCCUCUUCACCUAUCCCCUAUGCUGCCUUCACUCUGGGACCAGUACCAUGCCAAGAUGGCCAUUAAUGAGACAGUAAAGGAGAAGAAGAAGAGCAUUGCCAAGGCUCAUAGCAUUGCUCAAAUGGAUGAGCUCAAGUCUCGCAAGAGAGUCUUGCGACGUCUUGGAUUUAUCAACGAGGCAGAAGUUGUUCAGCUCAAGGCUCGUGUGGCUUGCGAGAUUUCGUCCACUGAAGGUCACGAACUUCUCCUUUCCGAACUCUUGUUCGACCGUUUCUUCAACGAACUCACCCCUGAGACAUGUGCUGCUGUUCUUUCUUGUUUCAUCUUUGAUGAGAAGGUUGAGACUGCAGCGCUCAAGGAGGAGCUGCAGAAACCGUAUAGAGAGGUUCAAGCCAAGGCACGCAUCAUUGCCAAGGUUAGCCAGGAGUGCAAACUCGAUAUGAACGAAGAGUUGUAUGCUCAGAGCUUGAAGUGGCAAUUAAUGGAGACUGUGUACGUAUGGGCUCAAGGCAAAUCUUUUAGCGAAAUCUGCAAGAUGACAAACGUUUAUGAGGGAUCGCUCAUCCGCCUCUUCCGUCGACUUGAGGAGCUCCUCCGCCAGAUGGCCCAGGCCGCCAAGGUUAUGGGCAAUGACGAUCUGACCAAGAAGUUUGAUGAGAGUCUCCAGAAGAUCAGAAGGGAUAUUGUUGCCGCCCAAAGUCUGUACCUUUAA